CGAAACAUUUUGUCCGUCAGUCUAAACUCGGGUUCACUCAGUUUACGACCGCUUGCCUCGAGACUUUGCAUUUUUUUCCUUCAACUUUUACCUCAAUUUCACUUUAGAACGUCACUAAUUCAUUUUUUUUCAUCUACUCGUGCUUAUUGAUACGACCAACUUCUCUACUAAUAACUACAACAAGCUCGAGGUAGCGGUAGUGUAUAUUUAAAAAAGCAGCAAAGGAGAAAAACUCGCAAAGACAGGAAGAAUGGCGGCUUUUGUGGCGAAACAGAUGGUUGGAAAUAAAUUAAACGCUGUUAAAGGGGCGGUCGGGGGUGAAGGGGGUGACGAUGACGAUAAGGAAAAGGAAGAAGAGGCCGAGAGGGAAAGACAAGAAGCCAUCCGAGAGGCUGAAGAAAGACGUAAGGAAAAACACCGCAAAAUGGAAGAGGAAAGGGAAAAAAUGCGUCAAGAAAUCAGAGAUAAGUAUAACAUAAAAAAACGUGAAGAAGUACAAGAAUUAACACAAGAAGAACCAAAUCCAUUGAUGCGUAAAAAAAAGACACCGGAAGAAUUGGCGGCCGAAGCUGAAGCAGAAGAACAAGACGACUUUACGAAAUUAAAACAAACGCUGGAGACUCAUGUCACGGAGCUCAAAACGCAGAUUGAAAGCAAGUGCAAUUUGCAAUGAGUAAUUAGUCGAAUGCUAGUAAUCGAUAGGUCAUAGAUAAAACAUGCCGAUUGCUGGCUUAUCAUAAGAUCAUAUCUAAGCAGCUUGAGAUAAUUUUUUCAACUGCUAAGAUCAUCAUUAAUACGCUCGAUUAAUUACAGUUAAUGUAAAUUCGAACUAGAAAAAAAAUGCACCAUCGUCCAAUUUACGAGGAAGAAACGGAGAAGAUUUUAAUAAGUUAAAGCAAACAAAAAAAAAAUAAAAAGUAUAAUUUAUUAA